UCUCAUUUUCCUUCAAGUGGGUAGGUCCUAUAAGAAAGGAAGCUCUUUAACUUUAAAUAGUCAUUGGAUAAUUUGAACAUAAGGCAACAAGUAGGAAAAGUGGGACACAGAACUGAAAAAUACAUCAGUAUGGCUGUCAUAAUGCCAAUGCUUCUUAUGGCUCUUAUGUUAAGCCUUAGUGUAUGGGGAAAGCCAGUAAUGGAAGUUAAUGAUGUCAUGGACCAUCUAAAGUUCACAGUUUACACAAGAGUAAACCAAGAUAAAGGGCAUGUUGUACCAUACAACAGUACAGGAGAACUUAAAGCUUCCAACUUUGACCCUAAAAAACAGACAACUAUAGUAGUCCAUGGUUGGAUGGGAAAUCCAUUCAUAUAUACUUGGGUGGGACAUGCCAAAGAUGCCCUUCUUAGAAUGUCUGAGCAGAAUGUCAUAAUUGUCGACUGGGGACACUAUGCUAUGGAUCCCGAUGCUGUUUUAGCUGCUAAAUAUGCAAGGAAAACUGGUACAGCACUGGGGGAAUAUGUCAAGUUCUUGGAAAAUGCUGUUAAGGCAGAUCGUCGCAACAUGCAAUUGGCGGGACAUAGUAUGGGUGGCCAGGUCAUCAGUUUUGCUGCAAAGCAACUCACAAAUCCAAAGCUUCCUAAACUUUUUGGUUUGGAUACAGCCGAGGGUGAGUUUAACUGUAGUGACACUGCAGAUUGCCUAAACCCUACGGAUGCAGAUUUUGUGGCAGAAAUCCACACAAUGGUGUCCAGGACAGAUAAGGGCCACAUAGACUUCUGGCCACUUCAUCCACAUGUGAACCCAUUGAACUACAUAGGGGAGCACCUGAAGGGGGCAGGCUACUGGGUAGAAUCCAUUGCAUCUAACUGCACAUUUGAAGCAUAUGCUUGCCCUGAUAAAGACUCAUUCAAGCAUGACAAAUGUUCUACUACAUGUACAAAGAACAACUGCAAUCAUAUGGGACUGAGGGCAUCCAACCCUAAUAUACCUCACAGAGUACGAUACUUUCUAAAUGUAAAUGACCAUGCACCAUAUUGUAAAAAAUAAAUACAUUUUAUAUGCUG